CUGGCUUUUAUACCUUCUUCUCGUCCUCUUUUACUCCUCUGUUCCAUUUCAUCCCUUCUUUUCUGAGCUAAAGGAUAGAGUGAUCUGACCCACAGCUGGAGCUGUAGGGAACCUUCCUGGGGAAGAUAAUACAAGCAGCACUGAACCAGCUUCAGUCUCGCUCCGGUCUCUCCCAGGUGCUCUGUAAACCAAUGGACCCGAGGCCCUUAGAGACCACCCUGAUGAAACACUCAGACACAGACUGACUGACACAGAUGAGAGAGAGAUUGAGAUAAAGCCAGAAGGGGAGAGAGAGAGAGAGAACCGAAACCUGAAACGCAUGCAGGAGGAUCUGGGGCUGAAGCUUUGACAGAACAGAAGGAAGUGCAAGUAAUUGACUGGUGCGAAUGCCAGAGGAAUUGAGAGGAGACAAAAAAAUAAAAGAGAAUACUGCUGUGAGGAUUGAGACGAGAAGGAGAACAGGACUUUUGGGGACAGGAGAGAAAGAGAAGGAGUGAAGAUGGGGAGGAAAAAGAUCCAGAUAGCACGGAUUAUGGAUGAACGCAACAGACAGGUGACGUUCACCAAGAGGAAGUUUGGCCUGAUGAAGAAGGCGUACGAGCUGAGCGUGCUGUGUGACUGUGAGAUCGCCCUCAUCAUCUUCAACAGCACCAACAAGCUGUUCCAGUACGCCAGCACCGACAUGGACAAGGUGCUGCUCAAGUACACCGAGUACAACGAGCCUCACGAGAGCAGGACCAACUCUGACAUCGUGGAGACUCUGCGAAAGAAGGGUCUAAAUGGCUUUGACAGUCCCGACAUCGAGGCAGACGACUCUGCUGGUCAGAGCCCCGAGUCAGAGGAUAAAUACCGCAAGAUCAACGACGACAUCGACCUCAUGAUCAGCAGACAGAGACUCUGUCAGGCUCUCCCCCCCUCUAACUACGACAUGAUUGGCUCCAUCCAGGGCCAAAAUAACAGCGGACUACUCUACUCUCAACCUGGGGCGGGGGGUUCCUUAGGAAACCACAAUCUGCCGCCCCUCUCGCACACACACCCCGGGCUGCAGAGGAACAGCAUGUCGCCUGGACCCCAACACACACACCGAACCCCCAGCGCUGGAAACGCAGGAGGGAUGAUGGUCUCGGAGCUGUCGAACGCCGUCUCUAACACUGGUAAUGGUAGCUAUGGUAACCACCGUCACUCUCCGGGGCUGCUGUCUCCGGGAUGUGUGGCCAAAGGCAUGCAGGCCAAGACUCCGCCCCUGAUGACCUCCAUGACCCUGAGUGGUAACCGCAAGCCAGACCUCCGCACGCUGCUGCCCCCUGGCAACAAAAACAACAUGCCCUCAGUCAACCAGAGAAUAAACCACUCCCAGUCUGCCCAGUCUUUGGCUACUCCUGUGGUCUCCAUAGCAACACCUACUCUGCCCGGGCAGGGUAUGGGAGGGUACCCCUCUGCCCUCUCCACCUCCUAUGGCACAGAGUACUCUCUGGGUGACCUGAGCUCUCUGUCAGGCUUCGGAGGGAACGGCUCUGGAUCAGUUCACCUGGGAUCAGUAACAGGCUGGCAGCAACAACAGCUACAGAACAUGCAGCACUCAGCAUUAGGACACAUGGGAAACCUUUGUCAGAACUCCAACCUCAACCUCCAGAAUGUCCAUCAGAACCUUCACAUCAAGUCAGAGCCCGCCUCCCCGCCCAGAGAUCGAGGCAUCGGAUUUGUCAGCGGAGGGAUGGGGGCCGUGUCCCAGGGCUACCUAACAAAUCAAGGCCCAGCCGAGGCAGGGCGGUCUCCUGGCGACAGCCUAUCCAGCUGUGGGAGCUCGUACGACGGCAGCGACCGCGAGGAUCACCGCGGAAAUGACAACUUCCUGCUGCGCCCGAUGUCCAAUCAGGAGGAACGCCACAGCCCGUCCGUCAAACGCAUGCGCCUAUCAGAAGGCUGGGCUACAUGAUAAGGCCCACCCCUGAUGAUUCACUGAGGGGGGGGGGGGGCUUGUGUAGAGUUACCUUUAGUGUUACCCUGACUAUUAUUAAAUCUGUGUCCAAAACGGCACCCUAUUCCCUACAUAGUGCUCUUGCCAAAAAGUAGUGCACUUUAUAGAGAAUAGGGUGUGAUUUCAGAUUUGGCCUAUAUUCUUCUUGUGCAGAGUGAGAGUGUUACACUAUAACAGGGACAUUAUAUACAGGAGUGUGUGUGUGUGGGGGGGGGUUAUAAUAGAGACAUAAACUGUGUCUCAAAUGGCGCUCUAUUGCCCAUGUAGUGCGCUACCUUUGGCCAAAAGUAGUGACACCGCAUGGGACAUAGGGAGUUACUAGAGACGGCAGUGACAUGCAAGGAGUGAGGGUUGAUAUGGAGUGGUGGGAGUCUGUGUG